UAUUAUUAUACAUACAAAACAUGCAACAUUUUCCCAUUUCUCGAAUUGGUUCAUUUCACAUCCAUUCACAAUUGGCAAUCAAAAUGAAAUUUACUCGUUGUCAAUGUUUUUGUAGCAUCAUCAUCAUCAUCAUCAUCAUAGACAGUUUUGUUCCAAUUCGAACAAUUCAACAAACAAGCCAAUAAUAAAACAAUAUGUCAAUGUGAUUGGUGCACACCUGGUUAAACGAUUGAUGACGAUAAAGAGAAAUCGAAUGCACACUCUUAAUGAAUUCGGGUUUUCAAUUGUUCAGCCUGUGAAUGCGUGUGUCUGUGAUCAUAAUAGCAAAAAUGAUUUCUGCUGCUGCUGCCUGUAUAGACACGAUUGGUGAUGUGGUGUGGCAAUCAUUUGGAACUUUCGAUUCGACGAUGACAUCAUUACAUCUGCAUCUGGUAUAGUUUCACCUUUUCAACCCUUUUUCGUAUCAGAAUGACAAUGUUAUUGGCGAGUAAAACAUCAUUGAUUCUAUUUCUGAUUGGUCUACUAAAUCAGAAUCGAACAUCUGAAUCGCUUUAUCCAUAUAAAUUAUCCAACAACAACAACAACCACAAUCCAUAUUAUGCACGUUCAUUGACGGAAAAUUUACUUGCAUCAUUGGCCGGAAUGACAUCGACAACAGCCAACAACCAUCUGUUGAAUGGCCAUCAUUACGAUAAGAAUUCCAUUAUCUACACCAACCAAUAUGUAUCGGAUCCAUUUCGAUUAUUAACCAUGAAACAAAUGCCCUUUAUAACGGCUCAAUCCUCACCAUCAUCGUGGAUGUAUCAACUGCCAUUCGCCACUGGUAGUGCUCAGUGUGAUCAAUCAUUGAUGUUGGAGCCAGAAUUUCAUCGUUGUCGUUCGAAUGCAGCCGUUUAUUGGCAUCAAGGUUUGGCUAAUCCUCAAUAUCAACAAUCGUCGUCAUCCUCAUCCUCAUCAUCAUCAUCAUCAUCAUCAUCAUCGGUAUCGACCAAGCAUACAUGUUGUUUUCUUUGGGAUCUUGUCGAUUGUAUGGAAGAAGCAAUACGAAGACGAUGUAGUUAUUCAUUCGACAUAUUUCGUCGUAACCGAGUGGACUAUGUAGCACGUAUUCAAUCGAAUCCAUUAUGCUAUAAUCAUCUGUACGGAAGUUUUAGUUGCAUGCAGGAGAAUUGGAUUCUUCUUCUCGCUUUCAUCAUACUGGCCAUCUUCAUUGCAGUUACAAUUUGUGUUGCUUGUUGGACAUUGGUCUGCAGGAAAAAAUGGCGAAACAAAAAUGAUAAAGGAUCUGAUUAUAAUGCAAAUGUUUUACCUACUGCUAUCGGUGGCAGUAGUGGAUAUGUUGAUUAUGAUCUUGAACGACGUGACACUCAACAACAACUGAAUCGAUCUCGUCGACGAUCAUCGCCUAGAACAUCAACACGUCGAGUGUCGAAUGGUCAUGGUCGAAAUGUUGAAUCCAACACUCGUAUCAAACACAUUGAUUCCGAUGUUGAUGAUAAUGAUGACGGUGUCAACAUGGAUCAAAUGUCAGCAUCACAUACACAGGCAUCACCACCAUUCAAAGAUUAUGAACCUCCAAGACGAUUUCAUUUCCACCAACAUCGAUCCCAGUCGCCUCCAGUAGCAGCCACCACAACUAGGCAUCACUAUUCAAUUUCAAACAAACAUAGAACACGAUCACCAUCAGCGACCGAUUAUUCACCUCGACCAACAUCAGUUGUUUCUGUUCGACAGAUUGAAAUUUAAUGCUAAACACGCUAGAAUGAUGCGCCAUCUAAUGAUUGAGAAAUUUACGAAUUUUCUGAUUUCUGAUUUAUUUAUAUUUGAUUGAUGAUGAUGAUGAUGAUGAUGAUGAUGAUGAUGAUAAUAAUAAUAGUCUGAAUCGAAUUGAUUGAUUCCAUUCAAUAUUCAGACAUAGUCUGUGACAA